AUGGAGAGAGACUGCAUGAAGACACUGACUCGGAAACAACGCGAAAUCCAUCAGCGUGAGGAAGACAUCCUCAACGUCGCGCGGGAGAUGUUGAACACUAAGGGCUAUCUCGGUUUGAACAUGGACCGGAUUGCCGAGGCUUUAGAGUACUCCAAGGGGACCAUCUAUCAGCACUUUUCGUGCAAAGAAGAAGUGCUGAUGGCUUUGAUUAUCAACUCCAGCGAAAAACGCACGGCGAUGUUCGCCCGCGGUGCAGAGUUCAAUGGGCAUACCCGUGAGCGAUGCACGGCCAUCGGUUGUGCUGCGGAGUUAUUUGUGCGGCUUUAUCCCGACCACUUCCGGGUUGAGCAAGUGCUUCAGCUGAAUUCAAUCUGGGAGAAGACCUCGCCCGAACGGCAGAAGCUGCUGCUGGCUUGCCAAACGCGAUGCAUGAACAUCGUGGCCGGCGUGGUUCGCGAUGCGAUUGCUCGCCGCGACUUGAAACUUCGUGAGGGGAUGACCCCCGAGGACAUGGUCUUUGGGAUGUGGUCGAUCACGUUCGGUGGUUACUCGAUCAUUUCAACUAGUGGUCCACUGGCUGAGUUGGGCAUUAGUGAUCCUUUCAGCAGCGUGACCAACAACAUUCAGGCCAUGCUCGACGGGUUUGGUUGGAAGCCCACCUCGGGUGAGUGGAACUACGAAGAGACCGUUGCCCGGGUGCACCGAGAGCAGCCACCAUGCUGGCAAAGGGGCUCUGAAAUGACGAUGCGUCAGAUUACGACGAAGCGCUUUGUGGUAGCGGCCUCGCUAGUUGUGUUGGCCGUCGCCGCAGGAUGGGUCUCGCUGAACACGGGAACCGCCGAACAGUCGACAGCCGCGGUCGAUAACGAGCCUUUGCCCGUGGAAACGGUGCUGGCUAAGCAAGUCGAUUCGUACGUGACGGGCCGCGCCUACACGGGAGUGAUUCGCGCACGUCGCGAUACGGUGCUGAGCUUCGAGCGGUUGGGCACAGUGAAGGCAAUCUAUGUCGACGAAGGCCAACGCGUUGAGCAAGGCGAGGUGCUGGCUGAACUCGAUACGCGGCGUUUGCAAGUGGGGCGAACGCGCCUCGAAUCGCGACGCAAUGAGGCGGCCGCCAUGCUGGCCGAGCUGGUGGCCGGCCCGCGGCAAGAGACGAUCGAUGCGGCCGAGGCGAACGUCGACAAUCUGAAGGCCCAACUCAAUCUCGAGAAGGCCAACCUGGUGCGGCGCGAGUCGCUGUUGGCAGACAGUAUCAUUCCGCAGGAAGAAUUCGACGCCUCGAUGUUCGGCGUUCAAGCGGCCGAGGCACGUCUGGAGGCGGCCCAGCGUCAACUCGAUGAACUAACCGCAGGCACGCGACAAGAGAAGAUCGACGCGCAGAAGGCGGUGCUGGAAACGCUCGACGCCGAACUGUCGGAUGUGAACAUCGAGUUGGAAGACAGUGCCUUACUGGCUCCCUUCGCCGGAACCGUGUCGCAACGCAUGGUCGAUGAAGGGGCAGUGAUCGCCGCGGGGGCACCCAUCGUGCAGCUGGUAGAAGACCAGGCCUUGGAAGCCUGGAUUGGUCUGCCGGUGAACGUGGCGGCCCGAUUUGAAAAGGGGCACUCGGUCGAACUUCAGGUCGACGGAAAGUCUCAUCCGGCCGUGGUGAAGAGCCUGAUGCCGGGGCUCGAUGCCGAAAGUCGUACGCGAACUGUGGUGUUUACUUUCAAAGAAGCCACCGGCGCGGUGUUGGUGCCUGAGCAAGUUGUGCGGCUGCGUGUCGAAUCAGAAACCGAGGCUCAGGGGUUCUGGCUUCCCACCGAUGCCUUGGCCGCCGGGCCGCGUGGGCUUUGGAACUGCUACAGCGUCGUCGAUGGGGAGGUGCACCAGCAGUUGGUCGAAGUGCUGCAUACCGAGGGCGAUCGGGUUCUGGUGCGUGGCACCUUGGUCGACGGCGAGCUGAUCAUUGCCUCGGGAACCCAUCGCGUAGUGGCCGGGCAGCAAGUUCGCAUGCUCGACCAGCAGUCGCACGCCACCAAACCUCAACCCUCGCAAACACAGCGGAAGAUCUUGAUGAGCAACCUUUUCUAUCGCAACCCUCGGCUGCUGGCCCUGACCAUCUGCUUGAUUCUGGUCUCGGGCCUUUCGGCCUACAUGGUGCUGCCGCGGAUUGAAGAUCCUCAAAUGACCAAGCGCGUAGGUCUGGUGCGGACGGUCUUCCCCGGGGCGAGUGCCGAACGCGUCGAAUCGCUGGUUACCGAGAAGCUGGAAAAGUCGCUAGACGAAAUCGAAGAGAUCAAGCUCGUUACCUCGACUUCUCUCUCCGGCAUCUCGUCGAUGAUUAUCGAGUUGCACGAUUGGGUGUAUGAACCCGACGAAAUCUGGUCGCGUGUGCGUGACAAGUUGAGCGACGUUGAGCCGGAGUUGCCGGUCGAUGCGGGCAUUCCACAAUUCGAAGAAGCCCAGAUGGGGGCCUAUGGAUUGAUUGCGGCCCUAAAGUGGACUGGAGAGGGGCCGCCGAACUUUGCCAUCAUGGGCCGGUUGGCGGAAGAACUACAAGAUGUGAUGCAGGCCCUGCCGUGGACCGAGCAGGUCGAUUUGUUUGGCGAACGCCAAGAAGAGAUCGUGGUGGAGAUCCGCCCUGAUCAGUUGGCCACCUUGGGGCUUUCGGUCGUGCAGGUGGCCGAGCAACUUCGGGCCAGCGACGCCAAAGUCACGGCCGGACAACUUCGCGGUGAGAAGGGCAACUUUGUUUUCGAGGUGGCCUCGGAGUUGGACUCGCUCGAACGUAUUCGCCGCACCCCCGUCGAUUUCGGCUCGUCGGGGCAGACCGUGUUGCUGGCCGACAUCGCAGAUGUGCGGAAAGCGAUUGCUAAUCCUCCGCUGAACAUGGCCAUUAUCGAUGGCCAACCAGCAGUGGCCGUUUCGGCACUGGUCGAAUCUUCGCGACGGAUCGACUUGUGGUCGAACGCCGCCAAUGAGGCGUUGGAGGAAUUCUCUAAGACCUUGCCCCGCGGGGUUGAGCUGAAGGCGGUGUUCGAUCAGGCGGGCUAUGUGAAUGUGCGGCUGAGCGGGUUGCUGUUCAACCUGUUGCUAGGGGCCAUGGCCGUGAUGGUGGUGGUGCUCACGCUGAUGGGUUGGCAAUCGGCACUGAUCGUCGGCGUCUCGCUUCCACUGUCGGCCCUGAUGGUGCUGACCGGUAUGCGGCUGCUGGGGAUGCCGGUUCACCAGAUGUCGGUCACCGGGUUGAUCAUCGCCCUGGGUCUGUUGAUCGAUAAUGCGAUCGUGAUGGUCGACGAGGUGCGGAGCAACCUGCGUGAGGGGCUUAAGCCACCGCAGGCAAUCAGCGAAAGCGUGCGACACCUGGCAGUUCCGUUGUUCGGCUCGACAUUGACCACGGCUUUGGCGUUCGCCCCGGUGGCUUUGAUGCCGGGGCCAGGUGGUGAAUUCGUAGGGGCCAUCGCCAUCAGUGUGAUUCUGGCCAUUUCGAGUUCGUAUUUCUUGGCGAUGACCGUCGUACCGACACUCGCGGGGCUGGCCCAAAAAAUUCAGCGGACCACCCAAAGUACUCGUUGGUGGCAAGAUGGGGUUCACAACAACCGCUUACGGGCAGGCUACAUAGCGGUGCUCGAUUAUCUCUUUGCUCGACCUUACUUGCCCCUGAUGCUGGGCAUGCUGUUGCCCAUGUUUGGGUUCAUUCAGGGAAGAACUUUGAAAGAGCAGUUCUUCCCGCCGGCCGAUCGCGAUCAGUUUCAGAUCGAACUCGAGUUGCCAUCGCAUGCCGCCAUCGAGCAGACGCGCCAGGCGGCGAUGGAAGUUCGCGAUAUGGUGAUGGCCCACGAACGGGUGCAGAACGUGCAAUGGUUUGUGGGGGAGAGUGCUCCUUCGUUCUAUUAUAACCUGGUUGAGCGGAAUAAAUUCACGCCGCAGUAUGCACAAGGCAUUGUGCAGAUGGAUUCGCCCGAGCGGGUGGAGCCGCUGAUUCGCGAGUUGCAAGACGAACUGGAUGAGCGAUACGCCGGUAUGACGGUGCUGGUUCGCAAGUUGGAACAGGGACCUCCGUUCGAUGCCCCCGUGGAGUUGAGGCUUUACGGUGCCGACUUGGGGAAACUUCGCGAGUUGAGUGUGGCCGCUCGUAAGGAACUCUCCGCCGUGCCGGGGGUGAUUCACGUUCGCGACGAUCUUUCGGAAACCUUGCCCAAGCUCGCCUUAAGGGUCGAUGAAGAGGAAGCCCGCAUUGCGGGGCUUGAUCAUACGGCGAUCUCACAGCAGCUCGACUAUACGUUGGAAGGUGCCGUUGGUGGAUCGCUGUUGGAGGCGACCGAAGAGCUUCCGCUGCGCGUGCGGCUGGUGCAAGCCAGUCGGGGUGACCUGGAUCGGGUGGCUUCGCUGGAAUUGGUUUCUUCGCAGCCGGGCAAGAGUGGCUUUGUGCCGCUUUCGUCGGUGGCAGACAUCGAUCUCAUCCCCGAGCAGGGAACCAUUACCCGUCGCAACGGUCGGCGGAACGUGACGAUUCAGGCGUAUCUUACGCCUGGGGUGUUGCCGAGCGAGGUCUUGGGUGAUUUCCAGCGAAGACUUGAUGCUUCUACUUUCGAACUGCCGGUGGGCUACGCGCUUACGGUUGGUGGCGAGGCAGAAGCACGCGAUGAUGCAGUGGGCAACUUGAUGUCGACCGUGGGUGUGUUGCUCGUGCUUAUGGCGGCUACGCUGGUGCUUUCGUUCGGAUCGUUCCGGGCGGCGGCGAUCAUUGCCCUGGUGGGCGUGAUGUCGAUUGGGUUGGGCCUGGCGGCGCUGUGGGUGUUUGGUUUUCCGUUCGGCUUCAUGUCAAUCAUUGGAACCAUGGGUCUGGUGGGCGUGGCGAUCAACGAUGCGAUCGUCGUUCUGGCGGCUGCCCGUGGUGAUGAGAAGGCCGCCGUGGGCGACGUGAUCGCACUGCGGAAUGUGGUGGUCAAAGCCACACGGCACGUGCUUUCGACCACGAUCACCACGAUCGCCGGCUUCACUCCGCUAUUGAUUGCCGGCGGGCAGUUCUGGCCUCCGCUGGCUGUGGCGAUCGCGGGCGGGGUCUCCGGUGCGACGGUGCUGGCCCUGCUAUUUGUGCCCUCGCUGCACCUGGUGUUGGUGCGGAUGUUCCAGAAUCCGGACGAAGCGGUGGAUCCGGCAGCGGCUCCUUAUUCCUCCGGGCGGCGACAAACUGCGUUGGCAGUUGAGUCCAUAGGCUAG